AGUUUCUUCAGAGUCGUGUUGCCUUCACGGGCCUCACUCACUCACUCACUCACUCACUCGUUAAUGAGCGGAUGUGACUAAAGUUCAGGAACAUGAAGAAACUUCUUAACGGCUGGUGACGUCAUCACGGUGUUUUCCUUUAUUUCGCGGGUCAGUGAUUUAAGUUGAGGCUCGUGCUGCUCACACACAGUAACAGCGACAGAGUGUGUGUGUGUGUGUGUGCGCGCGCGCGCGCAGGUUUAUUGAUUGGUUAUCGAUCGUUUAUCGGCAGUGGAGUCCGUGGAGUAUGUGGCGGCUCUUCUCUCUCCGUGAGUCCGCUCUCAGUGCCGUGUUUCCCGGCCACAGAGCGUGGAGCUCCGCGGCGGCGCUGCUGCUGCUGCUCUCCGUGUUUGCUGCGUGUUCCCGGGCAGAGGAGCAGCAGGAGGAGGCGUCCUGUCACGGAGCUUAUGACCUCUACUUUGUCCUGGACAAGUCUGGAAGUGUUUCAGCCGACUGGAUGGAGAUUUACUCGUUUGUGAGGAACCUCACCGACCGCUUUGUCAGUCCCAGGAUGAGAGUGUCCUUCAUCGUGUUCUCAGCCUCAGCUAAAGUGCUGCUGCCUCUGACAGGAAACAGACAUAAGAUUGAAGAAGGUUUGGAGAAUCUGCGUCAGGUGAAACCAGCAGGUGAAACGUACAUGCACGAGGGGAUCAAACAGGCCACAGAUCAGAUGAAGAAACAGACGCAGACGUCCAACAGCAUCAUCCUGGCUCUGACCGACGGGAAGCUGGCGGUGUACGUGCACGAGCUGACGCUGAAGGAGGCGGACGAAGCGCGGCGAUACGGCGCUCGAGUUUACUGCGUGGGAAUCAAAGACUUUGACGAGCAGCAGCUGGCAGAAAUCGCAGACACCAAGGACCAAGUGUUUCCUGUCAAAGACGGUUUCCACGCCCUCAAAGGCAUCGUCAAUUCUAUAUUAAAGCGCUCGUGUACAGAGAUUCUGACUGUGGAACCGUCCACUGUCUGUGUGAACGAAACCUUCGACAUCGUCCUCAGAGGAAACGGAUUCACUCAGGGACGGAGCAGUGAAGGAGUGAUGUGUAGUUUCAUCAUCGACCAACAGACCAUCA